UAUGAAAUCCUACUGAAAAGCCUCUGAUUUAUUUGCUAAACACAACAGAGGAAGCGAGGAACCUUCCACCCUCAUAACUCAUGUGAAAUCCAGGUUUGCACCAAAGCUAACGUGCAAGCCUCUUGCCCCUAAUUCAGGCAAAUCAUCUCUAAACAAAACAAAACAAAACAAAACCAAGUACUACGAAACCCUCCCCAGUUUUCCCCGCGGCCUCCGCCACCCUACCAAAAAUUAAGGUACGCACCCUAAUUCCAGCCAAAAAAACAACCACCGUUGGUUGACUCGGCCCUCCUCCUCUCCCCCACCGUCAACCUGAGAGACCAUUUUUCUCAACCCCGCUUUCUUCCUGCUUUCCUUCUGCCGUCAUGCUUCGUGCCGGCCACCUUCUCCACCCCCCAAACCAAAUGCCCUCCCCUUCCCACCUUCCAUAAUGCUGCUGAGAACCCGCAGCCGAAGACGGAAACCAGGCGACUCCCCCGAAAAAUCGCGCCUUUCCGCAUGAUGUCGCCGCGGCAGUGGUGGCGCCGCGCGGCCGCAGCCGCCAAGGACAAGCGCAGCCUCUACCUCUCCCGCAUUACCGGCGGCUGCCGACACCGCGCCCUCGCCGGCUCUGGAGGCUUCCGGAGCUCCGCCCUCGACGCGGCGGUGAUCCACGCAACGAGCCACGACGAGCGGUCCAUCGACUACAAGAACGCCGGCCGCGUCUUUGCCUGGGCCCGGACCUCGCCGUCCCUCCUCGACCCCCUGAUGUGGGCCCUCGCCCGCCGCGCCGGACGAACCCGCUCCUGGCCCGUCGCCCUCAAGGCCCUCAUGCUCGCCCAUGGCCUCCUCCUCUGCUCCGACGAAUGCCCCCCGGCCUUCUGCCUCGGUCGCCUCCCUUUCGACCUCUCCGACUUCCGCGACCGCUCCUCCCUCCCCUCCCAGUCCUCCGGCUUCUCCGCCUUCGUCCGCGCCUACUUCCACUUCCUUGACCUCCGCUCGCGCCUCCCAUCCCAUGAAACAGGGGACCACGACGAGAACUCCAACUCCGACUCCGACUCCGACCGCGACCUCCACCGGCUCGAGAGGCUCCAAGCCCUCCUCCAUCUCUUGAUGCAAAUCCGCCCCUACGCCGGCGGCAUGGAGGUGGGCCUCAUCCUCGAAGCCAUGGACUGCGUCGUGAUCGAGAUCUUCGAUGUUUACAGCGGGAUUUGCAACGGCAUUGCCUGCUUUCUCGUGGGGAUUCUCGGGCCGUCCGCAUCGGGGGAGCGCGGCGAGGAGCAGGAGGCGAUGCGGCGGCGGCGGAGGGGGGCGGUCGGGAUGAGGAUUCUGAGGAGAGCGGCGGAGCAAAGCUCCCAGCUUUCGGCCUACUUCGAGGCGUGCCGGUCCCUGGGGGUCCUCAACGCCACCGAGUUCCCCCCUGUGGAGCGGAUCCCCGAUGAGGACAUCCGAGACCUCGAGAGGCUCGUCAUGGGGGGCAUUUCGGGAACCGACGAGGACGAGCCGGAGGAACAGGAGGCGGCUCCGGCAACGUCGCCCAGGCGGUCGGGGACGGUGGUGACGGAGGAGUGGGUGGUGUUCGACGACGGAGAAGGGGUGGCGAAGGGGCACUGUGGGAAUGCGAAAGGGGAGGGGAAUUCUGGGAACGGGAGGUGGGAGAGGCAUUCCGGGAAGUGGAACCCUUUUCUUUGCUCGCCGGAGCGACCGUCGCCGGCGCCGUCGUCGUGGGCGGCGACGGUGAGCCACCACGACGGGGUUCCAACGUUCCGUAACGGUAAUUUGAUAGAGCAGUUGUGACUCAUGCGUCCUUGGUUGUUUAAUGAAACUACCCAUAUGCCAUUAUUCUUUUUCCCUUGUGUGUUUCAUUGGAGAGGGACUUCAGCUCCAGUAAUUGGUAGGAUUUUUAGAUUUGAAUCCUUCGAAAGAGCCUGGGAUUUUUGAUGACGUUAAGGUGUGAUGAUAUUGAAGCUGCUGCUUUUAGGCUCAAGGAAUUAAAUUGGAUUAGCCUUCGGUUCUUGCACCUUAAUGCAGGGAAGGACUUGUAUAUAUGUAAUGGCAAGUGAGACAUUGUUUCAAGUGAGAACUAAAGUAAUUAUCCCACUGAAUACAUUGGCCAAGAUGCAAGAAAAGACACUACUCAGAUUGCAAACAUCAGGGGAAAUGGAUGCAAUUGUGCAAUGAACAUGGUACAUUUGGGUUGAGAUGGGAAAGUAAAUUGGGAGCAAGGACGUACAAAUCUAUAACCUAAGCUCAAAUUGAUGCUCUAUAUGUUGCUUUUUUAUCGUGGAAUAUAUUUUUUAAAUUAACAA